CUGAAAUCGCAGUGGAAAAACAUAGGAAAAACAUUUUUCCUCAAUUUUCCUUUUCUGCAAUGUUUUGUUUAUUUUAAAACUCAAUCUAUCGUAUAUUUAAUUUUGCUAGAGUGCGAUAAGAUAAUCGAAAAAUGCACCUGCACAUUGCACUGUUCGUGUUACACUGACAUUAAUACCCUUAAUCACAAUUUCCCGAUGAAUCGACGCUUGCGUCGCUGCUCACUUCCGCGGCGUCCAUUCUGAGUGCCUGUUCAGUAUUCACCGAUGAGUUUCUUAAAAAAAAUCAUGGGGCAGAAGCCCCCAAAAGCGCCCACUCUACCCGAAGCAAUAAGACGACUCAAAGUAACCGAAGACGUGCUCCUCAGGAAGCAAAACAGUUUGGAAGAAAAACUAAAAAAAGAGAUUUCCAAUGCGAAAAAAAACGCUUCGACCAAUAGGAAAGCUGCUCUCCAAGCCAUCCAAAAAAAGAAACGAUUAGAGCGCCAACUCCAGCAGGUUGAUGGCGCUUUGACCACUCUGGAGGCGCAAUUAGAGCUCCUGGAAAAGGCCAAUACGAACAAAUUGGCCGUCGAGUCGAUGGAUAAGGCUGCGAAGGCUUUAAAAGGGACGCAAAAGAAUUGGGAUGUGGACAAAGUGGGGCAAAUUUUGGACCAAUUUGCCGAACAGCGAGAUUUCAAUGAUGAAAUUUCCGAUGCUAUUGCACAUCCGGUCGGGUUUGAGGAGGAGGGUCUCGACGAGGAGGAGCUCGAGAGGGAAUUGGAGAGUUUAGAGAAGGAAAUGCAAGACUUGUCAGUUGAUAACUUACCCGAAGUGCAACAGAAUGACACCAAGGACAAAGCUAAAGAAAAAAAGAAAAUUGCAAUACCAGCAACGUAGUUUUUAGAAGAGUUUUAAUAUUGUUAUAUUUUCAUAUGAGUUUUAAUGCUUUAUAUACUCUGUUAUUGAUAUGAUAUUUUUUGUGACUGCAAUUUUAUAAAUAAAUUUUAG